AUGACAAAUAUGCAACCCACAAUUGAUUUAUUGGAAUUGGUGUCGGGGCGAUCUUUAGAUCUUUGGAACGAGAUAAGAACAUUCCCUAAAGAAAUGAUUUUCAAACGACUUCUUGAACCCAGAUCAUUCGAAGAUAAAGAGAUCAAUGAAUUGGUAAAGAAAUUACAAUUCUAUCUUUGCUUUCUUAUUAUUGAUAGAGCGAGUUAUCGCGAUAUAUUCUGCAAUUUAGUACCUGAAUUAGAAAAGAAAAUAGAUGAAUUGAAAAAUGAGAAUAUCAAAAUCAAAACUGAGAAUACGAAGUUAAAGCAUGACAAAGAAGAAGUUGAAAUCGAGAAUAUAAAGUUAAAACAGGAUUUAGAUGAAUUUAAAAAGGAACUAGAGUCUAAGAAAAAUCGUAAAUUUCAGGAGAAAUGCAUUCUAAUAACCCAGAUACUUCUUAAUGAGGAACCCAUAGUUGAAUAUCGUCCAUCGUUUAUGGGAGGAUUAGAACUUGAUGCCUUCUUCCGAAUUAAUCGAAUUGCAUUGGAGGUACAAGGAGCACAGCAUCGGUUUCACAGCACUAGUUGGUAUAAAGAUGUUAAAAAACUCGAGGAUAUUGUUGACCAUGAUCGAAAGAAAAGAACCUUGUGUCAACUUAACGGGAUUUAUCUUCUUGAAGUAUGGUAUGAUGAGAAUCCAGAAAUUACUAUUCCUAAGAAGAUAUAUAAAUUUAGAGAGUUUAUUGAUAGAAAAACCUUUAAUCUUGAUUAA